AACCAUUUCAAUGUUUGUGUUUUCUUUUGAUAGGUUGUUACUGUUAAUUCAAGUGAUUAUGUUCUACACUAAUGUAACAAGGAUUAAACAUUUUUUCAUCCUGGGAUUUCCUGGACUUUCACAGGAGUAUUAUGGACCUGUGUCAGCCCUGCUUUUUGUUCUCUUCUUGGCUAUAGCUGUAGGAAAUAUUUUUAUUUUAGUGUUUGUUAAAUGUGAGAGGUCUCUUCACAAACCCACAUAUCUGAUAUUUUGCCACUUGGCACUAACUGAUUUAUUGUUUGGUACUGUAACUCUGCCAAAGAUUAUAUCAAAAUAUUGGUUUGAUGACAGCAUUAUUUCAUUUUAUGGAUGCUUUGUGCAAAUGUACUUUGUUCAUUUUUUAGCAACGUCUCAUUCUUCCAUCCUGAUGGUGAUGGCCCUUGAUCGCUUUAUUGCAAUUUGUGCUCCACUGCGUUACACAGCUCUUUUCACAAACAACACUGCUUCUGUGCUUUGUGGAAUAUCAUGGAUUUUGCCAAUGUGUUGGAUGGUGGGUAUAGUUUUAGAUGCUCUGAGAUUGCCUUACUGUAAUUUAAACAUAAUUACACAGUGCUACUGUGACCAUCAGUCAAUAACAGGGCUUGGAUGUGAGGCCGUGCGAGAAGUUCAGGAAGUGGCAUUUGGUAUGGCCAUGUUCAGUUUGCUGUUGCCUCUGGGUUUUAUCAUCGUUUCUUAUUUUGUCAUCAUUGUUGCAGUUAUAAGAAUGACCAGUUCUAAUAGCAGCCGCAUGUUGGCUCUGUCUACCUGCUUGCCACAGAUAAUCAUCACAUUUCUCUAUUACAUGCCAAGAUGCUUUGUGUACAUGGCAAAUAUUGUGGGAUUUACAUUCAGUGUCCCAAUUCGCGUAGUGAUUGUAAUGCUGUACAGUAUUUUACCUGCUGCUAUUAACCCAGUAAUAUACUGUUUCAAAACCAAGGAUAUCAAAGAACACUUGAAAAAGAAAUUAGUUAUUAUGAAAAUGAAUGACCGCACAACAACUGGGUAA